ACUAGCUCUGGGUAUCACUGCCCAUCCUGGGGGUCAUAUCACUGCGUAUCAGAGCCCAUUUUGGGGGGACCUAGCUCUGGGUAUCAGUGCCCACUUUGGGGGGACCUAACUCUGGGUAUCAGUGCCCAUUCUGGAGGACCUAUCUCUGGGUAUCAGUGCCCAUUCUGGAGGACCUAUCUCUGGGUAUCAGUGCCCAUUCUAGUGGACCUCUCUCUGGGUAUCAGUGCCCAUUCUGGAGGACCUAUCUCUGGGUAUCAGUGCCCAUUCUGGAGGACCUAUCUCUGGGUAUCAGUGCCCAUUCUGGAGGACCUAUCUCUGGGUAUCAGUGCCCAUUCUGGAGGACCUAUCUCUGGGUAUAAGUGCCCAUUCUGGAGGACCUAUCUCUGGGUAUUAGUGCCCAUUCUGGAGGACCUAUAUCUGGGUAUCGGAGCCCACUCUGGAGGACCUGCCGGCGUUAUUCCCCGUACUGUUGCUGCUGCUGUGUGUUUGCCACUGGUGCCCAUGAUGCCUCUGAGUGCCCUGCCGGGGACCCGCUCCCUAAGCCCCGCUGCCCUCUCUCGCAGUCUGUCCCGGCUCCGGGAGUACCGCACUCGCUCCAGGAUCAUGCUGUCUCUCGGGGUGUCCCAGAUGGUGCUCGGAUGUCUCAUCGUGGCUGUCAGCUUCGCUGCCCUGGCUCUCACCACCUCUGCCAGGGUCAGGCAUUCGUGCCCGUUCUGGGCUGGCUUCUCGGUUCUCUUGUCCGGAUUGAUUGGUGUAGUCGCUUGGAAACGGCCACUUUCCCUUGUAAUAACGUUCUUCAUGUUGCUCUCUGCCGUGUGUGUCAUGUUGAAUCUCGCUGGCUCCAUUCUCUCUUGUCAAAAUGCUCAGCUCGUCAGCUCCCUUGAAGGCUGUCAGCUGAUAAAUAUCAACAGUGAUGGAGUGUGCGUUUGUUGCGAUAUGCAGCAUCAAACAUCUGGAUGCAGUAAUCCUGGAGAAACUCUGAAAUUGAAUCCUCUGCAAGAAUGCAGUGCUGUGAGACUAACCCUCAAGGACCUGUUGUUCAGCGUGUGUGCUCUGAAUAUCAUCUCUACAAUAGUCUGCGCAUUGGCUACAGCAAUGUGCUGCAUGCAGAUGGUUUCUACCGAUGUUCUGCAGCUGUUUUUGCCCCAUAGAGGACAUCCUUCGAACAUGGAUUGUAUGAUGGCACACGGAACUAUUCUACAUCAGACACUGGAUUUUGAUGAAUUUAUCCCACCGAUCCCACCACCGCCAUACUACCCACCUGAGUAUACCUGCACACCAGUACUAGAAGUACAGAGGGGACUUCACCUGGACUUUCCACACUCUCCAUUCAGUGCUUUGUAUGAAGUUUCCAUUAAUAGCCCUGGCAUUUUGUACCCAUCUGAGCUUCCACCUCCAUAUGAAGCAGUUGUGGGACAAACACCAGCAAGCCAGGGAACCAGUAUAGACCAGCAGAUGACAGAGUCCAGUCUGGGUGACAGAAACACCACGGCCGGCUUUAGCACCCAAGUGUCUGUUGAUAGUACCUCCAUUCUUGUGUCUGAAGUAGCAGAAAUCCCAACUCACAGUUGCUCCUCAGAAGAUCUUUGUUCUCUUGAAGUCCAGGGUUCUCUGCGUUCUGCUGACUUUUCCCCGUACAGUACUAUUCGCACAGGUGCCACAGAAAGUAGCUGUGCCAGUUUAGAACAGAGUCUCCGUUGUGGCUUUCAUCUCACCAAUUCACAAUGUUCUCCUGAGGAAGAUGGGAGCAGAGCUUCCAUGGACAAGUCUCAAUGGCAGGAUUGUGAGAAUUAUGCUCAAUCCAGGUCUUUGGACUCGUCUACUGAGAAUUUCAGUACAUCAGAGAGAGGAGAUCUGCAUUUCGCAGUGAGAGAAAGAAAAGUUCCCCAUUCCUUGAAACCUGUUAAAAUGUGCUGUGGUGUCUUUAGUCAGUCGCCUGGACAAUGCCAACCAUCGCCUAGCACUCUACCUGCAAAUCCACCUACACAGCAGGGACACCUGGAAAAAGCUAUUCAGCAAAACAAUGGUACAAAAUACAGAAUUACUAGCAUAGUACGAUCCACUAGUGACCCAGUCUCCUGCUCUUCUGGUACAGAAGCUCUGUAUUCUUAUCCUCGAAUGACUGCUGCUGCCUGUCAGGAAACAGGAAAUCACUUUUUAUCAAUCGGAAAACCGAAAGAUUCAAGAAAAAGUACCCACCGAAUAAAGCCAAAGGCAUUAAGGAAUAUUUCGAAAGAAAGACCGAAUUCAUUGGUGGACCUAAAGACAUAUAAGGACACAAAGAUUUUAGUGGCUAAGUUUCUAGAACAUUCAAAUUGCCACCUCUCUCCAGAAGUUCAACAUGUUGUGAAUAGUAUAAAAUCUGUCAUAAAAUCAGAUGAAAGACACAUGGAAGAAGCCAUCUUUAGUGCCAACGUUAUACACCAGGUAAUCACAAACUCUCAGCAGAAUGUCAAUAUAUCUAGAAAGAAACUACAAGAAGACCUUCACCUUCGGAGCUGUGGAGCUCUGAGUUCCCCAUUAGCCUUUCUACACAGAAUACACAUAUCACGUGAUGUGGAUCAGGACAGGCCACACAGUUUAGUUGGAGUCUGCAGAGAAACCAUUCUUUGAUUCUAGUAUCGUAAACAGAGAUUGCAUGAAAACAAAAAGCGAUGAUUUCCAGCAUCCGCACCCUGCAACAACUAAAAUAUGCCUUCUCCGUUUUGGACUUGGCCAAGCAUGGGACAACAGUCAACAAAAACAAAAAAUAUCUCUGAAUGUAACAGGUUUUGCAACAACAAUGCAAACUUUAUUUAUACUCUUAUUGCCUUCUUGGAAAAAGACGUCUGUAAUUCAAUCUAUUUUUUAUUGUUGAAACAAUGAUUCAGAUAUUGCUGCCGUGUAGCUUCAAAACAGUACUACAUCUUCUAAAUAUUUAUCACCUCACAGAAAAGGGCCAUGUUGUGCCCCUGAAAGCUUGCAUACCGCAUUAUUUAAUUAUGAACUACGUGUUGCACCAAGUAAUGGCAGCAAGACCAACAAUGAAACCAAUAUA